CCCUCCGCCUGCAGGGAAGCCGGGCCACCAGCAGGCACAGCUGCUGUGAGCAGGGAUCUGCGAGGGGCUGCAGGCCGGGUACACCGUGGACCCGCUGGGGGGUCCUGACCACGUGUCCCUUCCUGGGCAGGGUCUGGCAUGAAGGGGGUCAGGCUGCUGGGUGCUGGCAGAUCUGAGGCCUGGGAAGGUCCGGGGGGCCUGCUGGGCAUCUCUAGGCCUGGGGUUCCAGGGCCUGCCAGGAGUGACCGCUGACUUCUGCCCAGAGUGGCAGGGGUGAGGCCUCCCAUCAGAGGCCACCAGCUGCCAGCCCCAGGGCAGGUGAGGCUGAGGGUCAGGACCCUGGAGGGAAGAGAAGAGGGAAGGGGCGUGGGGGGCAGAUGGGCAGGCACCACACGGACGGACGAGUGGAAGGCCAGGUCUGAGGAUGGUGGCUCCCCUGGCCUGGCUCAGGGAGUUGGAGCACACGCCUCACACCCCGCCCAGCCUCAAUGACUAAUUCCCGGGGUUGGCUUAGCCCUGCCCCGGCACGGUGUUGCCGCCCCUCUUCACACAGAGUCACUAUGUCCCCAGACCGUGGGAGAGGCACGGAGGCUGGUGCCGUGGAUGGCAGCCCCGUCUUCAGCACGGGGGCGGGCUGGGCUUUGAGGAUCCAGGGGCUUGGCUCCUGAAGGGCUUUAUUCGAGCCUGAGUGGAGCACCGAGUGGUCAGCCCCUGCUGGGGGUCUUGGCCAGGCGCGGGCUCCCAGGAGCCUCUGGGACCUUCCGCUACUGAGCCCUUUACAGAGGGCAGCCGAGUGUCCUGGGAAUGGCCGUGCCUGGGUCCACAACUUUCAGGGUGGCCUGACCCCAACCCCACCAACUCCAAGCUGUGUGGUGCUGGGUACUGGCCUCCACUGCGGUCUGCCAGGGACGUCUGUCCGUCAGGUGAGAUCUUGGAGAUCCACCCAGCUGAGGACCUGGUCGGCUGCCCACAACCUUCCCUCCCACCUGAAGGGCGGGGUGCAACAGCUUGAGGUCCUGUGUCAAAUGCAUCGCCUGGGUGAGGACUCGGAGCCGCACCCGGGCCUGUGGGAGGGUUUUGUGCAAACAUCAUGCCCAGAACAGUGUCUGCUGUUGACCCAGCGCCCACCAGGGAAGGCUGGAGCCAUCGGAGUCCCUUCCAAUGCAGGCUGGGGUUCCUGUCGGUCACCACACCAGCCGUGAACAGGGACGCCUGCUCGCGUUGCCCGCCUGGCCCUUCCUCGCCACCCACGCCCCUGCCAGCCUGACUGUCUGGCACUGACACCUGCUGAGGGCAGCGGCGCAGCUGCAGAGAGCCCACAGCUGCGAGGGAGCUGCCCUGGCAGUCAGGGCCUCGGGGCACCGAGGAGGGCAGCAGGGAAGGAGGGUCACAUGGGCUCCAACCCAGCCAGCCGAGCCCAGGGCCCCUGCUCUCAGCCCCCCCCACCCGUCUCUCCUGUAAAUUAAAGAAUGAGAUGAGGCUGAGACUAUCUCCCUGCUCCACCGUGGGCUCGGUGUCAGCUCCGGGAUGACUGUAGGACGUUGUGGCUGUUUGCUGGCCCACCCACCCCGGGCAUCUUUGUGGAGGCCCCAGUGGAAACCACUGCACCCACCUUGCCAAAUCCACGAUGGGGCUCGUCCAUGAAAUCAUGGGUCAGCCCCGCACCAGGCUACACACAGUGUGGACGGGCAGGGGACGUGGGUGGAACGAGGGAACACCUGGAAGCAGCCCCCACACCUGCCUGGCCGGGCACGAGGAGGCAGCCCCGGGCAAUGCGUGACCUCGGCCGGGUGGUCAAAACUAUUGGCAGACCCUGGAAUCUGAAUACUGUGUCAUUUUCAUGGGUCACAAAAAGGGUCUUUUGAUUUCUUCCCCCAUCAUUAAAAAGGUGACCGCUGUCUGGAGCUCUCAGGGCCAGUCUGAAAGCAGGCGGCGGGGGGAUUUGGCCCUGGCUGCAGCUGCCACCUGCAGGCUAGAUUAAGAGGGUAAAGGAGCCACAGGCACCAUGCACACAGGGCUGGGGACACGGGGGGUCGCGGGCGGCCACUACUCUUCCCACUGCUUGCUGCUCGUGUGGUCAGUGUGCAGGCAGAGGCUCCGGCGCGGCCCCUGCGUUCACAGCGGUGCGGCUGGCAUGAAGAGCCCGGCCUGCCCAGCAAGAGAGAAAACCCAGGAGGAGGUGGCCAGGGCAGGACAGAGCCUCCAGGUGUGGGUGGGGCCAUCUUCUGUCUCAUCCCCCGCCCCCCGCAGCCUCGUGGCUUUGGGCUGAACUGGCCCCCAGCAGGUGCCUGUCUCUGGAGCAGGUGCCCACUGGGAACAGGGCCCGGCCAAGCCAAGACUGUUCCCCAGGGUCAAGGAAGUGGGGUCAGGGACAGGGACACAGCUCACCCUGGGGGACCACAGUUUCGGAUCCCAGGAUCCCAGCAACCGGGGGUCGGGGUGCACAGGAGCCAGCUCUGCCAGGCUGGGCAUGCCGCUGAGUGCCUGGGCAUCAGAGAGGGCAAGGCGCUCACCAGUCACACAGCUGGCCCCGGCCAGGCUCCGAGCAGGACGGGAAUGCAGGGCUGUGUGUCCCGGCUGUGCCUUCCAUGCAGCCAGCUGAGUCUGGAGGGCUGCUGCCUUCAGUGCCUGCUCCUGCUCUCCAUGCUUGGCUGUGCGUUUACCUGCGUGGGGGCCCCUGGAGCAUCCUGCCUUAGGAUGCUAAAGUGGGGAGGGGGCAGGGGAAGCGGGGCCAUGCUGGGUAAGGGGGCUUUUUGUUUCCUGGGGCUCUGCUAUCUGUCUUCUCAUCUCCCUGGGAGAGGUGAGAAUGCAGACCUGAGUGAGCAGUGGACAUUGCCAGGUCAGUGACCAGUGAGAGGGUCUGAGCGUCCAGUGCUGAGAGAAAGCCUCUCCCUGCCGGAUACAAAGGUGACAGUCCCUGUGACAGUGGAGCUGGCCCAUCCCAACCUCGGCGGGGAGCUACAGGUCCUGGGUCCCGGAUCCCUGUAAGAAAAGUCCGAGAGCUCACUAGACAUGCAGAUUCCAGGCCCCAUACCCCACCCCCACCCGUCAGGGCCUCCAGGGCAAGGGCCUGGGAACCUGAAUUUUUACCGAGUGUGUUUGGUGAGUCUUACGAACAAGCCACGUCAGCCUGGCGCCCCUGAUGCCCGCCGGCCCCGCACCUGCCCCACGUGCACCUUGCUCAUGUUCCUCCUUCUGCCCUGCCCCUCAACAGGCUGUCUCCUCCGAAAAGCCCCGGGCCCCUCGGCGGCAGGUCUCUGCCCUGCAGACUCUCGCCGUGGCACACACUCAGCACCUGCUGGCCACAGGGGCUCCCUGUGGAAUCUCCCCUCUCCCCGCAGCCUUGGGUGGAGGGCGGGAGGUGGGCACAGUUGCCCAAAUGUCAACAGAUGAAGUAACGCCUGUGCGUCUCCUUGUUCCAGGAGAAGUGUGUUGACCACAAAUAAGCAGAAAGACAGUUAAACUCCACCACCCCAGCCGGCCCCUGGUUCUGGGGUCAAUGCGGUGCCAACAUGCCAUCUACGACCAGUGUGGGCGACCUCGCUGCCCUCCGCGACCAGUGCGGCGACCACGCUGCCCUCCGCGACCAGUGCCGACGACCACGCUGCCCUCCGCGACCAGUGCCGGCGACCUCGCUGCCCUCCGCGACCAGUGCCGGCGACCACGCUGCCCUCCGCGACCAGUGCCGGCGACCACGCUGCCCUCCGCGACCAGUGCCGGCGACCUCGCUGCCGUCCGCGACCAGUGCCGGCGACCACGCUGCCCUCCGCGACCAGUGCCGGCGACCUCGCUGCCCUCCACGACCAGUGCCGGCGACCACGCUGCCCUCCGCGACCAGUGCCGGCGACCUCGCUGCCCUCCGCGACCAGUGCCGGCGACCUCGCUGCCCUCCGCGACCAGUGCCGGCGACCUCGCUGCCCUCCGCGACCAGUGCCGGCGACCUCGCUGCCCUCCGCGACCAGUGCCGGCGACCACGCUGCCCUCCGUGACCAGUGCGGUGACCUUGCUGCCGUCCACAAACACUCCUGAGCCGAGCCCUGGGGAUGCAUUCUCCACACUCUGCUGGCUCUGACAGGUGUGGGGUCCUGUGGCUUCACCAAAAACAUCCUGACUUCCUUCCUCCUGAGCCUGGGAUGGAGGCGAAGGCCUGAGCAGUCUCCCGUGGGUCACCCACCGCCCCCAUUGUGCCCACUGCACCUGCCGCACUCGCCACGUCCCUCACCCCACCUCGGCUCCCGUCCCUCUGCAGGACCUGCUUCCCUCUGCUCUGACCGUCUCCUGCCCCAGCGCCCUGUCGCUCCUCAGGUCCUGCUGACCGGGCAGCCUCUGGUCCGCAGCACGGCACACGGGUCACUGCACGCUGGGCUGUGGGGUCACGUGUCUCGGUCGUCCCUCCCAGCCCCUUGUUCCGUGUGCCUGGCCUGGGACUCCCUCCAGGCGUAUUUGUGGACGAAGCCAGAGAACGGGUGCAGGGUGCGGACAAGCCCCAAGGGCCUGCACAGGAAGUGGGGUCCCGGGCAGAAUGGCCAAUGGGGCCUCCCAAGUUUCAGAGGCAACCUGUGAUCUGGGGGCUUUGGAAACUCUUGAGGACAAGGAACAAUGACCUGUGUGGGAAGGAGGAUUCCAGAUCCCCACUCUGCUUCGUCCAGUGGGAGACCCCCGGGCCACAGCCUGGGUUUGUGUAUUUCAGUCCUGGCUCUUGAGCCCUUAUAAAAGAGACCCUGCUCCCACCCGGCCCCUCCGGCCCCUGCUUCCUCUCUCUUCCAUGUCCACUUGCCCCAGCGUGCUGGGGGCGGGGCUGGUGCUCUGGGACAGGAAUUCUCGUCCUGGCUCCCGCCCGGAGUGUUUCUCUCCUGCAAGUCAGCCCUGCAAUGUCCAUUACUCGAAAAGAAAAGGAAAAUGCUCAUUGGAAAGAAAUUCUUCUCUCUGGCAAUGCUGACACAUUCUCCUAGCCCCAGCCCCACAGAGCUCCAGCGUGUGACAGACAAGAGCUGACGGGGACGUUCCACACGUCCGUCCUAACCAGGGCUGGAGGCGAUGCUUGUCUGUGCGGCUGGGAAAGCCUCCUCCUUGUGGCGGAGCCACUGCUGAAGGGGCUCCACCUGGCACUUGUCCCACCAAAGGCCCCUGAACGGGCCUCCAGGCCCACCCUUAAUAAAGAUGUGCUGCUCAU